GUCAUCUAGUCGGACAGCACACGCCGCGCUUGCUUAACUUCUGCUCUUCGUGAGUCAGUACACUUUUUCAAGUUGGUUUUGAUUUUUGCUGCGUCGCAAAAUGAAAGCUUUCGUUGUUUUCGCCGUCGUCUGCGUGGCGGCUGUUCUCGCCGAGGAGGCAGCCAAGCCUGCCGCCGCCGAAGAGGCCAAGGGGAAGACCUACAAGAGGCUCAUUCCUGCUGAUGUACUCAGAGACUUCCCUGGAAUGUGUUUCGCUAGCACCAAGUGCGCCACAGUUGAACCUGGUAAAUCCUGGGACCUCACCCCGUUCUGUGGUCGUUCCACCUGCGUUUUGAGUGAAGACAAACCACCGCGUCUGCUUGAAUUGGUCGAGGAUUGUGGACCAUUGCCAUUGGCCAACCCCAAGUGCAAAUUGGACGAAGAGAAGACCAACAAAACCGCGCCGUUCCCAGGAUGUUGCCCGACCUUCAAGUGCGAAGAUGGCGCUGUGUUGGAAUACCCGGAGAUCCCGACCGUUGCACCUGUCCCUGAUGAGGUCACACCUAAAACAGCUUAGAUUACGCUAUUGACGUUUUGACACCCGAACAGCGACAACAUCGAAGUAAAUUUAAUUUAUUACGGGUGAUGAAUACGAUGUAAUGUUUUUUUUUUGUUUAACUCAUCUGUGCACUAUCUACAGUUCUCUUUUUUUAGUUUUUUUUUGUGUUUUUGUACGAUAAAUGAUUAUGUGAACAAUUUUUUGUGAUAAAAUCGAUUAAAAUCUACAAACAA